AUGCUGGACCAAGCCUGCCACUUCUCAAAUGUGCACACCGUACAGGAGAUCCAGGAUCAGUAUUCCUCCCUGAAACAAGUUUCGCCAACCAUCGUGGUCCAGGUAACUGUCUGUGCAAGAGGCGCACCGUCUUCAAACUCGCAGAUAGUGACAGGCCCCCCGCCGACUUCUUCCCGCGAGAGAAUGAGAGGCAGCACAUAUAUUCCACCUAGAGCACGUCUGGCAGACGACAGUCGAGAUGAGCUGCGGAGCCGGCCACCGUCAUGGGCUGAGAGCGGCGGCCUUGAAGACCUUGCCGGCUCUGUCUCUCGGAGCAGUAGCGCCUCAGGCACCAGUAGGCAGUCCCGGAUGUCUCGCCUUGGGACAAGAAUACUGCCAAAUUCUGUCUUGAGAAAUCUGCUUAAUAGUGGGGAGGAGACGCCAGCCGAAGGUAGAGCCCAUCGGGAUGGGCUCUUAUCUAGGAGUUUACCAAGAUCAGAUUCACCACAGCCAUCAUCACCGCACCUCCCAUCGUUUAGAGCCCUUAGUACACGAGGGAUAACGCGAAGGAGGUCGAUUCGUGGGCCAUAUGCCCUCCCGAGAGGCGAGUCAGCUUUGUUGCCGGAUUCUCCACCAAACCCGACCUUCUUGGACAAUCCGUCGAACACCCGAAAUACGGACCCUUCCCGCCUUUCCUGGCGAUAUCGUGCAAGGCUGAGCCACGUUCGACAUUCAAUAUCCUCCCCGAUAUCGUAUAUGUUUAAUCAACACUCACCGUCUGCCCAUUCAAAUAACGCUACACCACCUGCAACAAGACGACCCUCGCGUACUGAACUCCUAGAUGAUUCCGACCACCUCCUCCCUCCAAGCGGCGUUGAAGCGAAUAUGGAACUUGAUGAUUCUCACGAGUUUGAUGGUGUCGAUCCCACCUCUAGGCCUCGAUCUGGCCCCAUCCCGGUCCCUGGUCGUCAAAAUAAUGCCACUUCUCCUAGCCAAAGACAUUCAACUAUCCGCUCCCGCGCAACUAGGUUAUUAAGACGAGAGGAACAAACUCCACUCUCUCGUGUCCUACAACUUGCUGCAACAGCCAUUGCCGCACAGCUUUCCGGGAAUACAAAUCCAGCGGUACCCAGCAUCCAGUCUGUUGGUGCGGACGGCCUUGACGGACCUCUCGAAUCGCUCAUGAGUGGCCUACAGCAAGUCUCAACUAACCAGGAAACUAUAAAUAAUCUCGAGACUCCACAAGAUCCUAAUGUUCCACAUGUGAACUUUUUGAGAGUCUUCAGAUUCGUGAACCAGGACGGUCCUUCGACACAGUCGACAGCAGGUGAAGGAAGUGAGGAUAACGGCGAUCAGAUGGAUAUCGAUGGACAAGGCUCAACAGAUGGUCGUCAAGAACGACGUUUACUCACCUUGGUUGUUGUCGGUGUAAGAGCUAUACCACCUGGCAACGGAACAACAGGGGAUGCUGCCACCAACAGUCGACUAAACGUAGAAUCCCUCCUUCGGUUACCCCUUCUCGCUCCUGGGAACUUCCUCCGCAAUGAUAGGGGUAAUACAAACUUUCUCCGACGUUCAGAUGGUCGUUCAAGGUUCUCUCCACGGCGCUACUCAGUUGGAGGGAGCACAUUCCCGGCAAACUACGACAGUCAACGUCACUUCAGAUCACAAACUUCCUCCCGUCGACCCUCUGAUGUUGGGUCCUCCAGUGAUUUGGGCAGCUCACUCCCAACCAUCCUCUCCGACAGUCCCCAAGGCCCAAACCCACCCCCUUCCACACCUGCGGAAGCCGGCCUAUCUAGAGUAUCUUCCGCAGUCAAUACCCCAAGUAGACGGCCUUCAUCUGCAUCCGCUAUUCUUCCGCAGCUCAACGAGGACGGGGUCGGAGAACCUGGAGAUCCAUUAGAAGAGCACUCUAUGGGUCCUAACCCUGCAAGACAGCGCCGUAGGAGUGAUUCGGAAGCUGCUCGUCACCGAGGCCUUGGCUCCGGUGCUGCACGAAGAAAUGGAGUAGUGGAGCCCGACGACCCUUCUCCCUCUGGAGGGAGAAGCUGGCUGAUAUACGUUGUUGGAACCAAUUUAGCUGAGAACCAUCCUGCAUUUGCUGCUCCUAGCCUGUUUACAGACAAUCCUACCUACGAAGACAUGGUGCUACUCUCAUCCCUCUUAGGCCCCGCCAAACCUCCGGUUGCAACACAGGAUGAAAUUACUUCCGCAGGCGGUCUAUAUCGUCUUGUAGAAUACUCCGGGGCAUUGGUUGCAGAAAGCAUCGGAGAAACUCACGAGAGUUUACCCAUCGCUGAACAUGAACGGUGUCUAAUCUGUUUAUGUGACUAUGAAGCCGCAGAUGAAGUGAGGAUAUUGAAUAAAUGCAAGCAUGUCUAUCAUCGCGAGUGUAUUGAUGAGUGGCUAACAACUGGACGCAAUUCCUGCCCAUUAUGUCGGGGAGAAGGUGUCUCCAAUUCUAAUAAUAGCACUGGUGGUGAAGCAACGGCAUCUUAG